AUGGCACCGGAUAUCAGAAAUUUUUUUGGGCCCAAGGGGAGCCAGGGUGCUGCGCCAAAACCAAAACCAGCUGUUAAGGAAUCAGAGAAGUAUGCUAUUUCUUGUGGAAAGCCUUGUCAUCGGGAUUAUGCUAACUGUGGUCUAGGAAGUAGAAAAGUCAUUGAGGAUAGUGAUGAAGAAGAGGAGACCGUUAAAGCACCCCCAAAACCACAACCGAAGAAGAAGCCAAAACCCGAAGAACCAAAGACCGAGCCUACCACCACAUCCGAGUACUUUAGCUCAAGUAAAAGGAAUCGCAAGCCAAACGCAGCUCCAGAUAAUAAGCCCAAUUCAAAUGGCCAGGAGAAGAAGGUCCUAGCCACGCGAGAGAGCCCACGGAAAUCCACUAGAACCGCACCCUCCGUUGAAAUCCAUCCUCCGCCACUACCUUCAAAAGAAGCCAAGAAACCACGGAGAGCUGAACGGAUAAUUGAUGCCGAUGAUCAUCUUGGAGGAGACGAUAUUUUUGCCUCGGAAUUUCAGAAAGCAGGAAAGGGUGACGAUGACUACCAGGAGGAGGAUGAAUCUGAUGAUUUUGAUGAUAUGAUCGUGAAACCCCCAACUGCGUCGGACAUACAUUCAGAUAAAACUAAAAAAGACACCCUUCCAGAACCUGAAAGAAAGGUUCAGAAGCGCAAGUCAGCAGCCUUGAGUGAAGACGAAGAGGAGGGUGAGGACGACGGUGGAAAGAAAAAAACGGCAAAGGCUCGCGCUCCCAAAACCACUUCCAAAUCCACACCCAAAAAGCCUAGGGCAACUAAAGCGGACCAACCGGAAAGCAAAGAGAUACAAGAUAUACUUAACAGUAUUCCCGAAGUCAAAGCCCCGUCACCACCAACUGCGACGAAGAAAUUCAACUUUGUUGCGGCUGCUCAACGCGCUCAAUCCGGUGGUACUAUCGAUGACUCUGACCUACCAGUCGGGGAGCCGAAUUGUCUUGCUGGACUCUCUUUCGUUUUUACCGGUGUUCUUGACUCCCUUGGGCGGGAACAAGGACAAAAUCUCGUGAAAAAAUACGGAGGAAAAUGCAUGUCAGCUCCAAGUUCAAAAACAAGUUAUGUGGUAUUGGGUAAUGAUGCUGGUCCGAAGAAACUGGAAACCAUUCAGAAGUAUAAACUUAAGACAAUCAACGAAGGGGGACUGUUUGAAUUGAUUAGGAAACUUCCUGCCAAUGGAGGUGACGGAAAGGCAGCCCAGCAGUAUGCCGAAAAGAAGAAAGCUGAAGAGCAAAAAAUCAAAGAGAUGGCUGCUGAGAUUGAUCGGGAAGAAAAGAAGCGUGCCGCUGAGUCCAAAGCAUCAGCUCCCCCUAGUUCAGGCACAGGAACCAAGGACAAGAACGCUAGUGAUAAACGUGAGGCAGUUGAUGACCGCCUCUGGACCACGAAAUAUGCACCCACAUCCCUUAGCAUGAUAUGUGGAAACAAGGGCACUGUCGAAAAGCUACAAACCUGGCUGCGUAACUGGCAUGCAAACGCAAGAGCCAACUUCAAAAAGCCUGGAAAAGAUGGCUCAGGGACGUACCGCACAGUUAUGAUACAUGGCCCACCUGGAAUUGGAAAGACGACCGCUGCACACCUAGUUGCAAAGCUGGAGAACUUUGAUAUUGUUGAGACAAAUGCUAGUGAUACCCGAAGUAAGAAGCUACUUGAAACCACCUUGCGCGGAGUACUUGACACUACCUCUCUUCAGGGUUACUUUUCUGGCGAAGGCAAGAAGGUUGAGCCUGGGAAGAAGAAUCUGGUGUUGAUCGUGGAUGAAGUUGACGGAAUGUCUGCUGGUGACCGUGGUGGUGUCGGUGCAGUAGCUGCCAUUGCAAAGAAAACUAGGAUUCCUAUUAUCCUGAUCUGCAAUGAGAGAAGACUUCCGAAAAUGAAACCCUUCGAUCAUGUCACAUUUGAGUUACCAUUCAGGAGGCCAACAGCAGAGCAAAUCCGUGCGCGGUUAUUUACCAUUUGCUACCGAGAAGGCAUAAAGAUACCUCCUCAGGUGCUUGAUGGUCUUAUUGAAGGAACUCAUGCCGAUAUCCGCCAAGUGAUAAACAUGCUGUCAACGAUAAAACUUAGUGCCAAUAACCUUGAUUACGAUCAAGGCAAAGAAAUGUCAAAAGCAUGGGAGAAACAUGUUAUACUUAAGCCUUGGGAUAUUGUUGGGAAAAUCCUUAGUGCACAGAUGUUUGCACCCAGUUCAAAGGCAACACUCAACGACAAGGUUGAAUUAUAUUUCAACGAUCAUGAAUUCAGCUAUCUGAUGCUACAGGAGAACUACCUGCGAACAAACCCAAUGGCAGCUAAUUCCUACAGUGGCAAGGAGAGGCAGUUCAAGCUUCUUGAGUUGGCCGAUAAGGCUGCGGAGAGUAUCAGUGACGGUGAUUUGGUGGAUAGAAUGAUCCAUGGCUCACAGCAACAGUGGAGCCUUAUGCCAACACAUGCUGCCUUCAGUUUUGUGAGACCAGCCAGCUUCAUGGCUGGAAAUAUGACGGACAGAGUCGGGUUUACCAGCUGGCUGGGCAAUAACAGUAAGCAAGGUAAAAUGGCUAGGCAAGUCAAGGAGAUUCAGGGUCAUAUGCGUCUUCGUGCAUCUGGUGACAGACACGACAUUCGUCAACAAUACAUGCCCGUGAUAUGGAACAAGACCGUCAAAAGAAUGGAAGUUGACGGGAAGGACGCUGUCGACGACGUUAUUGACUUCAUGGACAGCUACUUCUUGACCAAAGAUGAUUAUGAUUCUAUUAUUGAGCUUGGUCUCGGCCCCAUGAACGAAAAGAACAUCAAUAUCCAGUCUCAAACGAAAGCUACCUUUACACGUCUAUAUAAUCAACGCUCUCACCCUCUACCGUUCAUGAAGGCAUCGAGCGUUGUGUCAUCCAAGAAACUUCCCAAAGUGAAACCAGACUUGGAAGAUGCCAUCGACGAAUCUGACGAUGCUGAGGAAAUCCUUGGAGAGGAAGAGGUCAAAGAAGAAGAAAGCGACUUGGACUUGAAGAAGGACAAAUAUGUCAAGGCCGCAAAGACCAAGAAAGCCGGCGGCAACGCUAAGAAAUCUGGUACCACGAAGGCGAAAUCCAAGAAGAAGAAGGUGGUAGACGACGACGACGACGAUGAUAUUGAGGAGUCAGAGGAGGAGGCUCCCAAGAAGAGAGGCCGGAAGCCAAAGGCCAAAGGCAAAGCCUAA